AUGUCAUUGAAUUUGAGUUGUCCUGUAGUAAAUACUGAGAUGUCAUUGAAUUUGAGUUGUCCUGUAGUAAAUACAGAGAUGUCAUUGAAUUUGAGUUGUCCUGUAGUAAAUACAGAGAUGUCAUUGAAUUUGAGUUGUACUGUAGUAAAUACUGAGAUGUCAUUGAAUUUGAGUUGUACUGUAGUAAAUACUGAGAUGUCAUUGAAUUUGAGUUGUACUGUAGUAAAUACUGAGAUGUCAUUGAAUUUGAGUUGUACUGUAGUAAAUACUGAGAUGUCAUUGAAUUUGAGUUGUACUGUAGUAAAUACAGAGAUGUCAUUGAAUUUGAGUUGUACUGUAGUAAAUACUGAGAUGUCAUUGAAUUUGAGUUGUACUGUAGUAAAUACUGAGAUGUCAUUGAAUUUGAGUUGUCCUGUAGUAAAUACUGAGAUGUCAUUGAAUUUGAGUUGUACUGUAGUAGAUACUGAGAUGUCAUUGAAUUUGAGUUGUACUGUAGUAAAUACUGAGAUGUCAUUGAAUUUGAGUUGUACUGUAGUAAAUACUGAGAUGUCAUUGAAUUUGAGUUGUACUGUAGUAGAAUUUGAGUUGUACUGUAGUAAAUACUGUAGUAAAUACUGUAGUGUCAUUGAAUAA